UACUCCCAACUUAACCAUCAAGAACACAUUGCGGGCGGGUGGGGAAAGAUGAAGAUUCACUCAACACCACUCCACAUUUUGGAGAAGCUGUGUCGUGCAGCUGAGAGGUUCCGGGAUUUACAGAAAGCAUACCUUUGCUGACAGGAAGUUAUUGAAAAUCUUCAUGCCUUCAGGGGAUGGUUUGGAAUCUCUCUCACCUUCCACCUCCUCCCAGACUCUCAGCGCCGCGUUUCAGUGACAGGAUUGGCUCAGAAUGCAAAACGGACUGAGAGAGUUUUAAAACAAGAACUGGACAGCUUUUGAUGUUGUUUUUUUUUGCACAAGCAGCAGGGAUUUAUAUCGAAGUUGAAUGUCGAGUGGGUUUGGUUUUAUGACCUCUCUCUUUCCCUGAGUCUCCUGUAAAGAGCUGGAAUUAGAUCCUAAUAAGAUGUCAUCCUCUAAUGAUUGUGGAGCCUCUUCAUGGGAACUGAAUGUUCAAGUGGAUCAGCCAAAUGAAGAUUUGCCAUUGGAGUUUAAUUUGAGAGUAACAGGGGACUUUCAUGUUGGAGGAGUCAUGCUAAAAUUAGUGGAACAAAUUCCAGUACCUCAGGACUGGUCAGACCAUGCUCUUUGGUGGGCGAAGAAAAAAUGCUGGCUUCUGAAGACACAUUGGACUCUGGACAAAUAUGGAAUCCAGGCUGACGCUAAAUUGUUGUACACUCCACAACAUAAAUCAUUAAAAUUGCAGCUACCCAAUAUGAAGACAGUGAGGUUAAAAGUUAGUUUCUCAUCUGUGGUCUUCAGGGCAGUUAUUGAUAUCUGCAAAACUCUGAAUAUUCGUAGGCCGGAGGAACUUUCCCUGUUGAAACCACGAGGGAACGUUUCAAAAAAGAGGAAAGAGAAGAACAGUAAGCAUGCUGUUGAUGAAGACAUUUUAGACUUGGACCAGGGGCCAGUUUCUCCAGGAUCAGUAGCAAGUCCUGGUCUAUACAGCAAGACGAUGACUCCCAUAUACGACCCUGUCAAUGGAACACCUGUCUCUUCUACAAUUACAUGGUUCAGUGAUAGUCCUCUCGCCGAACGGAACUGUAACAUUCUGGCUGUCAGCCGGCCAAUCCUUACACCAGAGGCACUGGCCAAAAUGUACAGGCCACAGAAUCAAGUGGACAAAGCAGAGCUGAAUGCUGGAUGGCUAGAUUCAUCACGUUCACUGAUGGAACAAGGCAUCCAGAAGGAAGAUAAGCUGCUGUUACGUUACAAGUACUACAGCUUCUUUGAUCUGAACCCAAAAUAUGAUGCAGUCCGGAUAAACCAGCUGUAUGAGCAAGCACGGUGGGCAAUUCUGCUGGAGGAAAUUGAUUGCACUGAGGAAGAAAUGUUAAUAUUUGCAGCACUGCAGUAUCAUAUAAGCAAGCUAUCACAAUUGUCGGAACCACAAGACUUCACUAAUGAGCAAGAUGAAGAUGAGGUGGAAGCUGCCCUUGCCAGUCUGGAGGUGACACUUGAAGGUGGAAAAAUUGACAAAAUUUUGGAGGACAUUACGGACAUCCCAAAAUUAGCAGAUUACCUAAACAUCUUCAGACCCAAAAAACUGACGCUGAAAGCCUACAAGCAAUACUACUUUAUUUUUAAAGAUACCUGCUUAUCAUACUUCAAGAAUAAGGAAGCAUCUCAAGGAGAACCAAUUGAAAAAUUAAACCUGAGAGGAUGUGAAGUUAUGCCAGAUGUGAACGUAGCAGGACAGAAAUUUGGGAUCAAGUUGCUAAUUCCUGUGGCUGAUGGCAUGAAUGAAGUAUACAUAAAAUGUCACAAUGAAACACAAUAUGCUAAAUGGAUGGCUGCUUGCAAACUGGCUUCAAAAGGGAAGACUAUGGCUGACAGCUCAUACCCCACAGAGGUGCAUGACAUUCAAUCUUUCUUGAAGAUGAAGAACGUGAAUUCUGUGCCUCAGGUGAUACAGGACUCAAAUGCCCUGGACGUGAAUCCAGAAUCAUUGGUGUCACGAAAAUACUUGAAAAAGUUAAAAACUAAACAGUUGACAACACGCAUCCUGGAAGCGCACCAAAAUGUUGCCCAGAUGACCCUGGUAGAAGCCAAGAUGCGGUUCAUCCAAGCCUGGCAGUUACUGCCAGACUUUGGAGUUUCUUAUUUUUUGGUCAGAUUCAGAGGAACCAAGAAAGAUGAACUGUUAGGUGUUUCCUACAACCGAUUAAUAAGAAUAGAUAUGGCCACGAGAGAUCCUAUCAUAACAUGGAGAUACAGCAACAUUAAACAAUGGAAGGUCAACUGGGAAAUCAGACAGGUUGAAAUUGAAUUUGAUCAAAGUGUGGCAAUAGCACUCACCUGUCUAAAUGCAGACUGCAAGAUUGUUCAUGAAUACAUUGGCGGCUAUAUUUUUCUGUCCACACGUUCCAAGGAUCAAAAUGAGACCCUGGAUGAAGAACUAUUCCAUAGACUUACAGGUGGUCAAGAGUAACGUAACAACAACAACAGAGAAUCUGAACCGUGGAGCAUCAUUAUCUUAGAUAGUUAUUGCUAACAGCCCAAAAGUAACUAUAAAACCA